GAGUAAAAAAAAAUAUAUAUGAAAACAUAAAUGGCAUCUUCGAAAACUAUUGUUGAUCAGACAGUUGAAUUAAAAUCUUUUAACGGUUCAGUACACUUUUAACACGAGUUCUCUGAAAGAUUUGAUAUUUUUGGGAUGAAUGCUAAAUUAAUUCUCAUCCCAAUUUUUCUAAUUGGAUCAUGUGUGACUCAGGAUCAACCCAUAAAUGAUGUCAUAUUUGAUGUUUUUUUUAAUGUAACAACUCCAAAUGGAAUAAGUGAUCAAGUAUUAAGAGAAUCGAAUUCUGAAACUACAGACCAUCCUGUUACAACAGUUGGACAAAAAAACCUACCACGUCCACUAUCGGGCAACUCAUUUCAGGCAUGUGGUACACGUAUGGUAUGUGUUCGUCAGUAUCUUUGUAACAAUGGAAAAGUGGACGAUUCUGGUACAAAAUUGAUUGAAAUUCGCCUGGGCUCUGGAUGUAAUACGGGCUUAGAAAAAUGCUGUGAUAUUAGUGAAAUAUCAGAUGAGCCAACUUUAAACCCACUCCCAUCAACAGUUGGAUGUGGCUAUAGAAAUAAAAAUGGAGUUGGAAUAAAAAUAAGUGAACCCACUGAUAACGUAGCUGAAUUUGGUGAAUUUCCAUGGAUGGUGAGAAUUUUGGAGAAAACGAUAAGUAAUGGCAAAGUUGUAAUCUCUCCCAAAUGUGGAGGUUCUUUGAUAGCUCCAAGAGUCGUUUUAACUGGAGCUCACUGUGUGAAUACCACACAAAUCCUGAAUUAUCGGGUCAGAGCUGGUGAAUGGGACUCUAAAUCAAAUGCCGAACCAUAUCCACAUCAGGACAGAGAAGUCGAAGAAAUAAUUAUGCAUGAAAAUUAUAAUUCUGGAAAUUUGAAAAACAAUAUUGCCCUACUUUUCCUCGCCACAGCAUUCGAUACGGCUGCUCCUCAUAUCAAUACAAUUUGUUUACCACCAGCCAACACAAAUUUUGACUCUUUACGUUGUUUUGCCUCUGGCUGGGGUGCGAAAAAUCAAGGAGACGAAAAUUUAACAAAUAUUUUGAAGAAGAUUGAUUUGCCAGUAGUUUCAAAAGCUAAAUGUCAAAACGCCUUAAGACAAACUCGUUUAGGACCAUUCUUUAAAUUGCAUUCCAGUUUGAUGUGUGCUGGUGGAGAAAUUGGAAAAGAUACUUGCAAAGGAGACGGUGGUUCACCAUUAGUUUGUCCAAUGGCCAACAAUUCCGAUCGUUACUACCAAGUUGGAAUUGUUUCUUGGGGUAUUGGAUGUGGUAACGAAAAUGUGCCUGGCGUAUAUGCAAAUGUUAAAGCACUUCGUUCGUGGAUUGAUGAAAAAUUAGCUAGCAAGGAUUGAAGCAAACUCCUUUUAAUAAUGUGAAUAUCUUAUAAAAAAAUCACUAUUUUUUUCUUCUCAAAUCUUUUAGCUUAUUUUUGAAUUUAGGACUUUGAAUAUAUAUAAUCUUAACUAAUAUGAGUUUAAAUGCUAUGUAUGUCAAUCAUUACCUAUAUGUUGUUUA